GCCUACUGCCGUCAUUAAACAAAUGCAGUGACGGCGCCGUCGAAAUCACCUGCAGUUGCGGCAAAUUCCAAGGAAAACGAUAAUGUCCGGCAACAAGAAGAUCGAGGAAGGGCUAGAGCACGUCAAGAAUGCCGAGAAAAGUUUGAAGACGUCGCUGCUCAAGUGGCGGCCCGACCACGAAAACGCGGCCGACGAAUACAGCAAGGCGGCGACGUGUUUCCGAAACGCGAAAGCGUUCGAGCAGUGCAAGGAUUGUCUUCUCAAAACCGUCGAAUGCCACAAACAGAACAGAGCGCUGUUUUAUGCGGCGAAAGCCUUGGACCAGUGCGUACUGGUCUGCAAAGAGCUGGGCGACUUUUCCGAGAUUGCCAGUUUAGCGGAGAGGGCUGCUAACAUGUUUCAGAAUCACGGAAGCGCAGAGUCUGCGGCAGCGUCCCUGGACAAGGCCGCGAAAAUCUUGGAAUCGCAGCGGCCCGCGGACGCUUUGAGGCUCUAUCAACGCGCCGCAGAAAUCGCCCUGAUUCAGGAUAAUUCGAGGCAGGCGGCGGAAUAUACCAGCAAAGUUGCGAGGCUACACGUAAAAUUGCAGCAGUACGAUUUGGCGGCGGAUGCCUUGCGUCGCGAGCUCGGGCUUCACCAGCAGAGCGAAUCUUACCAGGCGACCGGCCGAUUGGCGGUGGCCUUGGUGCUCGUGCAGCUGGCCAGGGGCGACGUCGUGGCCGCGGAAAAAGCGUUCAAAGAGUGGGGCAACUAUUGCGACCCGCCCGAGGUUCAAACGCUCGAGACUUUGCUGCAGGCGUACGACGAGGAGGACCCGGAAAACGCGAAGCGGGCCCUAAACAGUCCCUUCAUCAAGCACAUGGACGUCGAAUACGCUAUACUCGCGAGGGAUAUGCCCCUGCCCCGGGGGCUCGACGUCCCUUCGAAGGUGCCCGUCAGGGAGAACACGGCCGAUGAGUAUGUGUCAUCGAAGAACAAAUCGACAUGCGAAGAAGCGGAUGGUGCCCCAGGUGAUGCAGAGGACGAUGACUAUGCCGGCGGACUUUGUUAAGGGAACCCCACUUGAGGAGGGCCCCCUUAGCUUUAAUUUGAAGAUACCACAAGUCGUCUUUG